GGGGUGCUGAUGGAGAGCUAAUAGCCAGACUCUGCGGCCAGGCCGCACCAUCGGUGCCACUGGCAAUAGCUGCCCCCUGGAUCUGGGUGCGCUUUGUAAGUGAUGAAACCACAGAAGAUAAAGGAUUUUCAGCCCAUUACACUUUUGAAGCUUGUGGUGGUAUACAGUCAGGUGAAGGUGGAGUUAUCUCAAGUCCUAACUACCCAGAGCCUUAUAGCAACUUGAAUCGCUGCUCCUGGCUGCUGGAAGCUCCUGAAGGUGAAACCAUCACUCUCACUUUUACAGCCUUCCACCUUGAAAGUCACUCACUCUGUAAGUGGGACUCGCUUACUAUCCUGAACGGUGGCUCUCCUGGAUCUCCUGUCAUAGGACAAUAUUGUGGAAGUCGGUCACCUGGGACCAUUCAGUCUGGUUCUAACAAACUAGUUGUGAUCUUUAACUCUGACCAUUCAGUACAAGGAGGUGGCUUUUAUGCAACGUGGGCAGCAGAAUCUCUAGGUUGUGGUGGAAUCCUUCAUUCAGAUAAUGGUGUGAUCAAGUCUCCUCAUUGGCCUCAGAACUUUCCCACGAACACGAGAUGCACGUGGACCAUCAUUACGCAUGAAAGCAAACACUUGGAGAUGAACUUUCACAGCAACUUCCACAUCCCAGAUAGCAGUGGGAGCUGCCAGAGCAGUUACGUGAAGGUGUGGAGAGGAAAUGGUGAUGAAGAAGCAGCUUUGCUAACCAGAGGAUGUGGAAGUUCAGCUCCUGACCCUGUUGUUGCUCCAGACAAUGUGAUAACGACAGUAUUUCAGUCUCAGGAUGCCCCUGGGCAAGGUUUCUCUGCAUCUUUCAUAAGCAGAUGUGGAGUGAAUUUCACUGGCCCCGCAGGCCGCAUUGUGUCUCCCAACUACCCUAGUCAGUAUGACGACAACCUGAACUGCACCUACGUCAUCGAUCAGGGACCAGAGGCACUGGUGAUCCUAGAGUUUGACACUUUCGACUUGGAAGGUAACUGUUCUUUAGUUUGUCUUUAUGAUGGAUUAAGGAUUUUCCGUGGGACGAGCGUUACCGCGCACCCUCUCGUCACCCUGUGCGGCACUGAGCUCCCGGCCCCGGUCAGUGUCUUUGGGCCGAUGCUGCUCUACUUCUACAGUGACUCCCACCUCACAGGCUUUGGAUUCCAGGCCAGAUACAGAGCAGUUGCGUGUGGUGGCAUUUUCAAUGGCUCUGUUGGCAUUAUCAGCAGUCCGGGUCAUUCAGUUGUAGAUUAUCACAACAACAUGAACUGCUCGUACCACCUCUCCGUCGGAAAUGGCAAAGUCAUCGCGCUCAAAUUCAACAGCUUCCAGCUUGAAUUGUCUCCCUCGUGCUACAAGGAUUAUGUGGCUGUAUAUGAUGGCUCAGACAACCAUGCUGCACUCCUUGGCAAAUUCUGUGGGUCAGAACUGCCCCCAAAUAUCAAGAGUUCCAGCAGUAACUUGUUCCUGGUGUUCAAGACUGACUUCUCUGGAGCAGCCAGGGGAUGGAAAGCAUCUUUCAGGGAGACCUUAGGGCCUCAGCAUGGCUGUGGUGGUUACUUGACAAAUUCAGCUUAUAGCUUUGGCUCUCCACUCUCCAUGGAUGGAAGAUAUGCGAAAAAUCUGGAAUGUGUAUGGAUCAUAACUGCACCUGAAAAUAAACGGAUCCACUUCACCUUCACUUCAUUUGCCCUCGAAGGACAGUCUGCGCGAACUUGCCGAUAUGAUUAUGUCAAACUAUAUGAUGGAGAUAAUGAAAAUGCCAAUUUGGUUGGCACGUACUGUGGAUCUAUGAUGCCAGCUCCUUUUCUGUCUUCCAGUAAUUUCUUGACUGUGAAAUUUAUCACAGAUAAUUCUGUGGAAAGAGAGGGUUUCAAUGCUACUUACACCACAGUGGAUCGACUAUGUGGAGGAACACAUAAUGCAACUUCUACUUCCCUGACUGCAACGUCACCUAACUUCCCAAAUGCAUAUCCACCAUUUACCCACUGUGUGUGGAUCAUUGAUGCCCCUCCGCAGCAGCAGGUCAGAUUGGUGGUGGAGACCUUCCACCUCCACGCCAACCAAGACUGUUCUCAGAACUACCUAGAGCUCCAAGCCUCACCAAUGCGCAGCCAAGGAUCUGUUCAUAGAUUCUGUGGCACUGAAACCUUUUCUGUCCCUGAGUUCUAUUCGUAUGACCGGACUGCCAUUGUGACUUUCAAAUCAGAUGAAUAUAUGAUAAACAAUGGAGUUAGAUUUACCUAUCAAGCUGCAGGUUGCAGCAGAGAGUAUAACCAGUCAUUUGGUUAUCUGAAGAGCCCUGGCUGGCCUGGUCCUCACCCCAAUAAUAUGGACUGUUCUAUUGUUCUGCGAGCUCCAGUGAAUCACACAAUUUCUCUCUUUUUCCAUGCUUUCAGUCUGCAGGACAGCAUCCAAUGCUCCCAUGACUUCCUAGAGGUCAGAAAUGGGAGUGAAGUGCGAUCACCACUACUCGGCAGGUUCUGUGGAAACACUGUGCCCAGUCCCAUCUUCCCUAAAAAUCAUAUUGUCUACCUUCGUUUCAAGAGUGAUGCUUCAGUGGCUCAUGAUGGAUAUGAAAUUACCUGGACUUCAUCACCGAGUGGCUGUGGGGGAACGCUGUACGGCAGCACGGGCUCGUUCGCGAGUCCCAGCUACCCUGCCACGUACCAGAACAACACGGACUGUGCGUGGACCAUCACUGUGCCCGCGGGACGAGCCGUCACGGUGAACUUUGACUUCAUCAGCAUCGAUGACCCGGGGGACUGCAGCAGCAACUACCUGGUCCUUUACAGCGGGCCAGAUGCCAGCCAUCCGUCCAUCGGGCCGUACUGUGGGAUGGAUACAAACAUUGCACCUUUUACUGCUACAUCUCACCAAGUCCAUAUAAAAUUCCAUGCUGAGUAUGUGACUUUGCCGUCAGGAUUCCAGUUAAGUUGGACAAGCUAGAACCCUGUUUAUGAGAAGUAUGUUCCUAUUC